GAUGUCUGCAUUGAGAAUUCAGCGGGGCAUAAUAGUAGGAUCUGCGCUGUCGAAUUUAAUUCAACCGAACAACUGAAAUUUUGCGUCGAUGCAGUAAGUUCACAUCCCUUGCUGGAAGUGGAAUGGGUUUGUGUCGGACCGAAAGUGGACGAUAUGGACGAAAGUACAUUGGUGCAACUUGGCGUCCGAAAAGUUACGAUGAGUUUCGACGAUAAGCAAUUUUCACCGCCCAGUGAAGUCAAGAACUGCGAUUUAUUGAUUUUGGAUAAAAUACUGUCAAGGUGA